AUUACCUCCGCAAGUGGAGCUUGAGGCUCUAUACCAAGCAUCUCAUAUAAAUCCAUUGUAAUUUCAUCCAUUCUUGAUAUCGAUAUUUAAAAUAAAAUAAGUAUACUUUUACAGUGACUGUUUAAAAGUAAAUUAUAAGCUCUCAUAAAUUGUAGGUUAAUUCUUGCCUCAUCGAAUAAUGUUAAUGCACGUGUUUACGUUUCCUCGAAUGAUUUUAUAUGUAUGUGUAUGUGCGUUACAAUGCGUUAUCAGUGCCUUAUUUAUCAGUCUAUACGUCAAAUAAAUUACAAAAUAGGCUCAAACGUAUGACACGAGAUGAUCGCGAAGAAUCUACUCCGAGGAAUUUCGCGCUUUCAACGCGCUCUAUUGAAGGUAAAACAAUACAGCACUACGACGAACGAGCCGCAAUUCCUGGGAAUUAAUAAUGCUUUUACCAAUAAUAUUCAGUUUGUCAAUAAAGAAAGUUAUGAAUCGAUUCCAAUAUACAGGAUUUUAGAACCUUCCCAGAAGGCUGAAUUGCCCAAAGAUGAAAAGCUGAGUGAGACAUUUUUGCUGAAAAUGUAUCACGAUAUGAUGACUAUAAACAUGAUGGAUAAAAUCCUAUAUGAGUCGCAAAGGCAAGGUCGCAUCUCAUUUUACAUGACAAACACUGGUGAAGAGGCUGUGCAGAUUGGUUCUGCUGCUGCUUUGAUUCUAGAAGAUAUGAUUUACGCGCAAUACCGCGAAGCUGGCGUUUUACUACACCGUGGAUACCCAUUAUUGAAGUUUAUGAAUCAAUGUUAUGGCAACUCCGAGGAUGAGGGUAAAGGCAGGCAGAUGCCAGUGCACUACGGUUCCAAGGAAUUCAAUUUUGUGACUAUAUCAUCUCCGUUGGCAACCCAACUGCCACAAGCUGCAGGAGCUGCCUAUGCCUUUAAACUGGAUAAAAGGGAUGCAUGUGUAGUCUGUUACUUCGGCGAAGGUGCGGCUAGUGAGGGUGAUGCCCAUGCAGCGUUCAAUUUUGCAGCUACUCUUUCAUGUCCCAUCAUUUUUAUCUGUCGAAAUAACGGAUAUGCCAUUUCUACACCAGUCUUUGAACAAUUUAAGGGAGAUGGUAUCGCAGCUAAAGGUCCAGCUUAUGGAAUUAGUACAAUCAGAGUGGACGGUAACGACGUGCUCGCAAUGUAUCAUGCCACAAAAACUGCACGAGACUUUUGCAUAAAGCAACAGAAACCCGUUUUGAUAGAAGCCAUGACUUAUAGAAUCGGACAUCACAGCACAUCGGAUGAUUCCACGGCUUAUCGAUCGGCCCAUGAGAUCGCUCGAUGGAAUAUUCAUACGCCACUUGCUAAAUUCCGUUUCUAUCUAGAGUCGCUGGAAUUAUGGUGUCAAGAAAGAGAUAAAGAAUUAAUCAAUUAUAUUAAAAAGGAAAUUCUUCGUGUCUUUAACGAAGCAGAAAAGAAAUCUAAGCCAUUUUGGAAAGAUAUGUUUACAGAUGUCUACAAGGAAAUUCCUGAUCAUAUUAGGAAACAAAUGAAUCUAAUGGAAAAGCAUCUAGAAGAAUUCAAAGAACAUUAUCCAUCAAAUUGUUUUGCACGUAAAAAGUAAGGAAAGAAAAUCUGUUAUACAAAUGAUAUAAUAUUAUUUUAUAUGUAUAUU